CUCGCGGCUGCGGGCUGGGGGCGCCCUGUGCUGCCAUAAAGUGAAUGGGCUUCGGCAGGGGGUGGCAGUCCACGGUGAGGCUCGCUCACUCCCUCCGCGAGUCUGGGAGCGCCAGAGCCAAGCGGCUGCCCCGUAGCAGGGGGCGGCCCCCACCCCGGCUGGGUGCCUGGCCCCUGGCCCCUGCCUGCCCUCCAGACCGUCACCGCCACCGCCGCUAUCUGGAGUGCGCCUGCUGCGGGACACACUAGCCCUGGCUCCAUGGAGUUCGGGCUGCUCAGCGAGGCAGAGGCCCGGAGCCCUGCCCUAUCGCUGUCAGACGCCGGCACUCCCCAUCCUUCGCUCCCAGAACACGGCUGCAAAGGCCAAGAGCACAGCGACUCGGAGAAGGCCUCUGUCUCGCUGCCCAGUGGCUCUCCCGAGGACGGCUCACUAAAGAAGAAGCAGCGACGGCAGCGCACGCAUUUCACCAGCCAGCAGCUGCAGGAGCUGGAAGCGACCUUCCAGAGGAACCGCUACCCUGAUAUGAGCACGCGCGAAGAGAUCGCAGUGUGGACCAACCUCACCGAGGCCCGCGUGCGGGUGUGGUUCAAGAACCGACGCGCCAAGUGGCGGAAGCGCGAGCGCAGCCAGCAGGCAGAGCUGUGCAAGGGCGGCUUCGCAGCGCCGCUGGGGGGGUUGGUGCCGCCCUAUGAGGAAGUGUACCCCGGCUACUCGUAUGGCAACUGGCCACCCAAGGCGCUCGCCCCGCCGCUCGCCGCCAAGACCUUCCCGUUCGCCUUCAACUCUGUCAACGUGGGGCCUCUGGCAUCGCAGCCCGUUUUCUCUCCACCCAGCUCCAUCGCCGCCUCCAUGGUGCCCUCAGCCGCAGCUGCUCCGGGCACUGUACCAGGCCCCGGGGCCCUACAGGGCCUGGGCGGGGCCCCUCCCGGGCUGGCUCCGGGCGCCGUGUCCUCUGGGGCAGUGUCCUGUCCUUACGCCUCGGCCGCAGCAGCCGCGGCUGCAGCCGCCUCUUCUCCCUACGUAUAUCGGGACCCAUGUAACUCGAGCCUGGCCAGCCUGCGGCUCAAAGCCAAACAACACGCUUCUUUCAGCUACCCCGCUGUGCCCGGGCCACCCCCAGCUGCCAACCUCAGUCCGUGCCAGUACGCCGUGGAACGGCCAGUAUGAGCGACGGGCGGGUGGAUCAUCCCUUUGGGUGGGGUCAAUAAUUCACAGCUUCCCCGGACUGGGGUCGUCUAGACUGGUUUGCCCCCGCCCCAGUGUCUGAGAGGGGUUCACGAGCAGCUGGGAGGCGGAUAGCUCAGGAGCACUCCAUCCCCUUCACGGCUCUAAGGGGUGAACUGGGCCCUACAGGCAGAUCACGACCCUGGAACUAAGUCCUGGAAUAGGGACCAGCCCCCCCUGGGCCAACUCACCCUUGGCCCAUCCCACCUUCUCCAGACUCCCUCUACUCCGUUUUCAAAGAUAAAUGAAAUAAAUGUGCGCGGACUGUCAAA